AUGGUCGAGUUCUCACCGGCGCAAGUGAACCAUUCCACAGGGCAGCUGAGAGAACGCGCAAUCUCAUCCGCACCCUUCGUUCUAGAUGACCUCGCGUUGGCGAGAGAGUUGGAACUGACGCCGUCUCAGGCUGCACAGGAGGCAGACAGUUUGCCGGUCCAGAGGCUCGAGGAGCUCAACCGGGCCUUGGAUGAGUACAUCCUCAGACAGAUGUGCUUCAAGAGCGAGAUUGUGGCAGAAAUCGCGCGGCUCCACGAGAACUCUGCCUACUCCAUCCUCGGGGUGUCGCCGGAUGCGUCUGAUGCAGAAAUCAAGAAGGCAUAUCGCGUUGUGGCGAUGCAGUGUCACCCAGACAAAGGUGGCGACAAGGCGGAGUUCCAGGAACUUCACGAGGCCUACGAGAAGAUUAUGGAGCAGCGAAGGAGUUCGGCCAAUCUUGACGGCAAGUCCCGCAAGCAGCGCGAGACUGACAGUGACGACGAUCCAGACUCCGAAGAAAAUGAGAAGCAGAAGGAGGAGAAGGAGGAGACUGAGGAAAGGGAAGAGAAGCCUGAAGAGAGCCACCAGGAGAAAAAAGAAGCCUCCUCAGAGCGAGCUGAGGCAGAAGAGUCGGAAGAGGACGGCUCCGAUGCCCAGCUCCUGGCCAAGGCCGCCAAAGCGGCAGACGAGGCCUCGCGCUACGCCAAGACAGCUGCUGAGUUCGCCCACCAGGCUGCAGAAGCAGCGGAAACGGCGCGACAAGGUCGUGACUCUGGUGGCGCCAUCACCUUAACCAAGUCCAUUGCACAUUCGGCCAUUGUCCUCACACUGACCGUUGUGAAAGCCGUUCGUGUGGUGGGCUAUGCUACCAUGGAUGUAGCAGCCCAGUGCCGCCUAGCAUCCAGGAAAUUCACGGAAGCCUCAUGUGCCGAAAGCUCCACAGAGGCAAUGGGGCUGGGCCUCGAGGCCCUGAAUGCGGCCCUAGCCUGCGCGGAGGUCACGGAGACUACAGCGGCAGAGCUUCAGGCACCAGAGGGCCUUGAGGCUUCUGAAGCAGCCGAGCGCUUCGUCAAUGCUGCCGUCCGUGCCUCGCUAGCAGCUGCUAGUGCCUCCAAUGCGGCAAUGUCUGCGGCCAUUGCGGCGGUCGAGGGACAUCGUCAGUGCAUGCAGGCCGUAGAGGCCAAGAAGGAGACUGCAGAGGAGGGACCUGAACCUGCCGAAGCUGACAAAGACGACGCAUCGGAGGGAAAGGACCAGUCGCAGCCGUCAGAUCAUGGUUCCGACGACGAGUCGGUGAGCCCUCCUGAGCCGCGCCGGCACAGCAAAGAGGACUCAGCACAGGCCGCCAUCAGGAGGCAAGUCACGCAGCGGAAUAACAACCACAAGGUGCUCCAGCGUUUGAAUGCGGAGAUCUUGACACACCAGCAGAAUGUGAGGGAGUUCUUGCAGGCGAACCGCCAACUUAUCCCGGCGGUGUCCACAGAGGCAAAGGGCAGAGUCCACACGUUGCUCAGCAACUAUGCACGGGAAGUCGGCACCGAGCUUCAAGAGCGGGUGCAGGCUGAUCCUGGAGAUCUUGCAGAGGUCCUUCAGUCAGCCUUGAAAUCGACGGGUCUCCUGGCCCCGUUUCUGCAGAAGCAGACGUUGGCCAUCCCCAUUUGCCCGAAGGCACGGGUCUUGAAGAUGGCCGCGUUGUACGACCUGCGCAUGACCGUUCAGGUCCUCGAGCAGGAAAUCUUCAGACCUGUCCAGUCUCUCCUGGAACAGGCGGACAAGAGCCCUUCUUAUGCGCCACUUGCUGAGAUCCAAGAGAAGGUGCAGAAGGAGCUGGUACGUUGCAUCGAGGAAGAGCAUGACGGGGCCUGA